CGCGCUCGGGUCCACAGCUCUAUGGGGAAAGCGGCCGCUCUGAGCCGAGGCGGCGGCUGCGCUGGCCGCUCCCGCGGGCUCUCGUCGCUGUUCACGGUUGUGCCCUGCCUGUCCUGCCACACGGAGGCGCCGGGCAUGAACUCGUCCACGCUCGGCUCAGGGUCGGCGCCAAAGCCUCAGCUCCAGCCUGUGCAGGCACCCGAGCGGGAGUUGCUGUCGGAACAGGUGUGCCAGCCAAUUUCUGAGCCAGCGUCGAGACCCGAACCUGUGUCCCAGACGACGUCUGUGCCAAGGCCCUCAGGGGCUGGGCAGGAAUCAGAACUACAGGGCUUGGGGCCGGAGUCAGAGGCCGGCCCAGGAGCAGAGUCUGUGUCCAUCAGCCAAGCUUCAACAGAGCUGCCAAUGCCGUCCCCGCUGUGGUCUACAGCAGGGAGUUUGCCCGUCACCAAACCCGAGACCAAGCCGUUGGUGAAGACCCAGUCUCUUCUGCGACAAGGACAGGCGAAGACUUCUUCCGGGAGUUCAGUGUCAGGGACUGGUGUCCCAAUGGUCUCACCACCUCUGGACAGCUACAAGGGUUGGCUCUUCAAGUGGACUAACUACCUGAAAGGCUACCAGCGCCGCUGGUUCGUGCUCGGCAAUGGCCUGCUGUCCUACUACAGAAACCAGGGUGAAAUGGCCCACACCUGCCGCGGAACCAUCAACCUGGCCUCCACACACUUUGAAACAGAGGACACUUGUGGAAUCUUGCUGUGCAACGGGGCAAGGACCUACCACCUCAAGGCCAUCUCAGAGGUGGAACGGCAGCAUUGGAUCACCGUUCUGGAGCUGGCCAAGGCCAAGGCUAUCCGUGUGAUGAAAACUCAGUCAGAUGACUCUGGGGACGACGACGAAGAGCCUGCUGCCCCAGCUGACGAGAGUGAGCUCCACCACACUCUUAAGGCCCUCUCACUGAAGUUAAACGACCUCAGCACAUACAAUGACCUCAUUGCCAAGCACGGCGCUGCCCUCCAGCGCUCCCUGAAUGAGCUGGACAGCCUCAAGAUCCCGUCAGAGAGUGGGGAGAGGCUGAAGGUUGUGAACGAACGGGCCACCCUCUUCCGCAUCACAUCAAAUGCUAUGAUCAACGCCUGUAGGGACUUCCUGGAACUAGCCGAGACUCACAGCCGGAAAUGGCAGCGGGCUCUGAAUUAUGAGCAGGAACAGCGUGUCCACCUGGAGGAGACCAUUGAGCAGUUGGCCAAGCAGCACAACAGUCUUGAACGGGCCUUCUGCAACACCCCUGGUGGGCCAGCCAGCUCCAGCAAGAGCUUCAGUGAGGGAAGCUUCUUGACUUCCAAAGGAGAGAACAGCGAAGAAGAUGAAGAUACUGAGUACUUUGACGCCAUGGAAGACUCUACAUCUUUCAUCACGGUAAUCACCGAGGCCAAGGAAGACAGAAAGCCUGAGAGUGGACCUGGGAAGACUGUGGAAUGGACCUCAACAGAUAAUGUAUUAGAUGGUGCCUCAUUCAUGCCCAAGGAUUCAUGCAAAGUUAAGAGGCGAGUCCGCAUCCCUGACAAACCCAAUUAUAGCCUUAACCUCUGGAGCAUCAUGAAGAACUGUAUUGGCCGAGAGCUCUCCCGGAUUCCCAUGCCGGUGAACUUCAAUGAGCCCCUAUCCAUGCUCCAGCGACUUACAGAGGACCUCGAGUACCACCACCUGCUGGACAAGGCGGUGAACUGCACCAGCUCAGUGGAGCAGAUGUGCCUGGUAGCUGCCUUUUCUGUGUCCUCCUACUCCACCACGGUGCACCGCAUCGCCAAGCCCUUCAACCCUAUGCUGGGGGAGACCUUCGAGCUGGACCGUAUGGAGGACAUGGGUCUGCGUUCCCUCUGUGAGCAGGUGAGCCACCAUCCCCCGUCUGCUGCUCACCACGUGUUCUCUAAACAUGGCUGGAGCCUCUGGCAGGAAAUCACCAUCGCCAGCAAGUUCCGAGGGAAAUACAUCUCUAUCAUGCCACUUGGUGCCAUCCACCUAGAAUUCCAGGCCAGUGGUAAUCACUACGUGUGGAGGAAGAGCACCUCUACUGUGCACAACAUCAUCGUGGGCAAGCUCUGGAUUGACCAGUCAGGGGACAUUGAGAUUGUCAACCACAAGACCAAGGACCGGUGCCAGCUGAAGUUUGUGCCCUACAGCUACUUCUCCAAAGAGGCACCCCGAAAGGUGACUGGAGUGGUGAGUGACAACCAGGGCAAGGCCCACUACGUGCUGUCAGGUUCGUGGGAUGAGCAGAUGGAGUGUUCUAAGAUUGUGCACAGCAGCCCCAGCUCUGAUGGGAAGCAGAAAACCGUGUACCAGACGCUACCAGCCAAGCUGCUGUGGAGGAAGUACCCACUGCCGGAGAACGCAGAGAACAUGUACUAUUUCUCGGAGCUGGCCCUGACCCUCAAUGAGCAGGAGGACGGCGUGGCGCCCACGGACAGCCGCCUGCGGCCGGACCAGCGGCUGAUGGAAAAGGGACGCUGGGACGAGGCCAACACCGAGAAGCAGCGGCUGGAGGAGAAGCAGCGUUUGUCCCGGCGACGGCGGCUGGAGUCGUGCACGGCGGGCUGCGGCGGGGAGGAAGAGAAGGAGUCAGAUGGCUAUGCGCCGCUGUGGUUCGAGAAGAGGCUGGACCCGCUGACCGGGGAGAUGGCCUGCAUGUACAAGGGCGGCUACUGGGAGGCCAAGGAGAAGAAGGACUGGCACAUGUGCCCCAACAUCUUCUGAGCCACUCCUGCGGCAAAUACAGGCGCCUGCACUGCCUGCCAGCCUUUUCUUUAAUGCACCCAGUUAAGACAGAACCCACACACGCGCGCACACGCACGCGCGGAAACACACACCGCUUUAGAAGGGGUAAGGGCUGACCUGGGUUCUCCCAGCCCCCAGGUUCCCGGGUCACCUGUGCCCGUUGUUAUUGACUUGGGCCCCAUGGGCACCCUAGUUCCCAGUUACCACAACUCAGGCCGGCUGGUAGGGCCAUGGGCUGCCCAGGUCACUAACCCCAACCUAGGGAGGAAAUAUUACCCCUGCUAGCGAGCCUCUUUUGACUUUUUUAUGGAAAAAAAAAAAAUCUCCAUUUCUUUCCAAUGAUGAGGUUUAGUAAAUAUUUUUAGCAUAUCAUUUAAAAGACUCACUUUCCAAGUUUCAUUCUUGCCACAUAACUGUCCUGGCAAGAAGCCCUUUUUUAAAGACAUGAGGAAGCCAGGCCCCAUUGAAUGGGGAGCACUUUUAACACAGCCAGGCUUUCUAUCUGGACUGUCCAAGCUCCAGGAGCGCAACACCCGCAGAGGCAGCCGAAACCUGGCUGGCCGCGCAGCACAGUGUGUAGAGCCCACAGGGGGAGCAGGAAGGUAGGAAGGCAGCCCCGUGCCAGGCUUUGGCCAUGCUGGGACAGUACCCCAGUCCCAAAGAGGCCAAGAAGGGCCAAAAGGCAGGGCCCUCAGGUGCUUCCUGCCCAAGAAUCAGGCCCCCAAAUCAGCAAUAAGGAACAAACCCUUCAUUACCCUGGGCUGGUGACCAGGCUCCCGACACCUGGCCUCCUGCCUUGUCCUUAGGCGGCAUCAGGGUGCCUCUCCUCAGCACCCCUGACAUCUUUAUUUGCCUAAUUUAUAUAUAUGAUAUAAAAAUAUAUAUGACAUAGCUAU